CCUAAAAAAACAAACCCAACCUGUAGUUCUCAGCUCUGCCAACCUGUCAGUCCAGCCAUGCAAGAGAGGGAGAGAGAAAAAAGGAGGGAGUGAAGCAGAGAUUCUUUCAGAUCUCAGCAGAUAUUAAGAUUUCCAAUGAACAAAGGAAACAAAUAGCCCCUGGGACCACAAGUGUGUUUUGUAAACUGAUGCCACGAGGCAGAUAUGAGAAAGAUGACUGAACAGAGUGGUUGCUAUAGGCCUGUAAACAUACAGGGAAAUAAGAUCAGUUACAAAGGCUCUUGCAAAAAAAGCCCAGAAAGGGGGAUGAAAAGACAGCAGAAGCGGUUUCUCCACAAGGAUGGCAGCUGCAAUGUGUACUUCAAACACAUCUUUGGGGAAUGGGAGAGCUACGUGGUGGACAUAUUUACCACCCUGGUGGACAUCAAGUGGCGUCACAUGUUUGUCAUCUUCUCCCUGUCCUACGUUCUGUCAUGGCUGUUCUUUGGACUGGUCUUCUGGCUGAUAGCAAUGCAACACGGAGAUUUAUUGAAUGAUGAAGAAACAACGCCCUGUGUUGCAAAUGUCCAUAGCUUCACGGGGGCAUUCCUGUUCUCCCUCGAAACCCAGACGACCAUUGGUUAUGGUUACCGCUGCGUUACAGAGGAGUGCUCUGUGGCAAUCCUGAUGGUUAUCCUGCAGUCAGUACUAAGCUGCAUUAUAGACACUUUCAUCAUCGGAGCAGCCUUGGCUAAAAUGGCCACGGCUCGAAAAAGAGCCCAAACCAUUCGUUUCAGCUACUAUGCUGUGGUAGGCCUGAGGGAUGAGAAAUUUUGCCUGAUGUGGCGCAUCGGCGAUUUCCGACCAAACCACAUGGUGGAGGGCUCUGUACGAGCUCAGCUCCUGCGCUACAAGGAAGACAAGGAAGGAAGGAUGACAAUGGAAUACAAAGACUUGAAGCUGCUGAAUGACCAGAUCAUACUUGUUACACCAGUGACAGUAGUGCAUGAAAUUAACAGUGAGAGUCCUUUGUAUGGUCUGGAUCGCAAAGCUUUGGCCAAGGACAACUUUGAGAUCUUGGUCACAUUUGUCUACACAGGGGAUUCAACAGGGACUUCACAUCAGUCAAGAAGCUCAUACGUGCCCAGAGAGAUUCUUUGGGGCUAUAGGUUUAAUGAUGUCUUACAUGUAAAGAAGAAAUACUAUAAAGUGGAUUGCUUGCAGUUUGAGGAAACUACAGAGGUUUAUGCUCCUCACUGCAGUGCCAUGCAGCUGGACAGGAAGGAGCAAGAAUGGAAUCGAACAGAGAAGAUGCUGGAAAAAGAAGCAGAGACAUCAGUGACAGAAAUCAAAUCAUUAAGUGAAAACCAGAAAUCAUUUAGUGCAGUUGCCCUCAUCACUAGUUGUGAAGAUCCAGAAGACUCAGUGGCAACUGUCAGUCAGCCUUCUGGAGAAGCAUCUUAUCAGAAAGCAGCUGUGACCUUAAGCAGGCUAUCGCUGGAGUCACAAAUCUAGCUUUUCACUGCAAUUAAAAUCAGUUCCAACAAUUUCUCCUAGCAUAGCUUUUAGAGUAUAAACAAUGAACUCAUGUGCACAAGUAUUUACAUUAUAAGCCUCACGCUGUCAGCAUGCCUACAUUAAAAUACUGCUAAAAGGAGCUUCAUAAUGGUUAGUGUGGGUAUCAGUAACAGAUUAGUGCUGGCACAAGAAAACAGCUUAUAUUUGGGUUGACUAGACAGCUACUGUGCUUGAGCAAACUUAUUCUAAACUUUAUUACCCUGGAGGGACUAAUGUUGAAGACACCCAGAGAGAGAUAAUGAUCUAUGCAGAGAACUAGAACAAUGCAGCGUGCCCUCUAGGUCAGACAUUUCAAAACUGCCUAACUUACUUGGGAGUUCAGUUCCCUGCCCCUCUGGGAGGCUCUGAAAUUCCCCUACUAUCACAGAAAGUGAUUGCUCUUGUGUGACAAUUGCCCCUCUCUGGCAGUUCAGGUGAAGCCCCUUUCCUGGGGUUGCACUGGGGAACAUGCAGGGCUGUUCUAUGUAAGAGGGAGAGAACUGGCAGUACUGGAACCCAGUGUUACUGAAGUAGCUUUGAGAACCUGCUUAUACCUUCAGUUCUCUGAGAUACCCAAUGAGAUCCUGCAGAGCUUUUCUCAUUUCUUUGUCAUGAGCUGCUCCCACUAAUGCCACAGCCUCACAAUUCAAUCUAUGCGCUCUGUCAGCUGCAUGCUAUGGUGCUGCAUGCAGGCUUGGCUCUGUCAGCAAGGAAGGCUGGUCAAAUGGGUUCCUUUGCACUCUUCAGAAAUCAAAAUAGAAUCUCGAGCCUGAGAUGAAAAUCAGCACAAUCGUGUUAAGCCUCAGGACAGAGCAGCCUGGUUUUAGAGGGAGCUUUGCCAUUCUUAACAUCAAAAUGCCUUUUCAUUUCAGAAUGCCAGUCUUGCUUUUGCUUUUAUUGUGUUACACUGCUUUAGAAAGAAAUCGUUAAAUCUAGAGACCAAAAGGCAUGAUUUUGUCAAAAUGAAAUAUGUUUAUUCAUCUGAAAUGACUGUAAAAAUGAUCCUUUGCAGAGAAAUUCAACACACUCAGCUGUCAGCUCCAUUUGCAAAAAGAAAAAGAAAGAAAACGUCAGCGUUUCGAAGUUGCCAUGACAUGGAAGUUCCAUGCCCUGCACACCUCUGUUAUCCAAUACACAAUAUCUCAUCAUGCUUUUUUUUCCCCCUGAUGACGAUCACAUCUAAUUUACGUUAUGUUUCAUUAUCCUGCUGAUGUAAAAGUUAUUGACUCUGAAUUUAUGGUUGCCUAAAAUGGAAUUUAUCUCACUUGACCUUAGCCACCAAGAGGUGAAGUAUCACCUACUGGCCAAGGCUCUCUGUAGUUGCUGUAACUUUGCUCUGUCUUCACAGAGGACUCCAUUCCAUCCCCACCUGAGUGGUUGGGGAGCUGAAGGCAAUAGGAUGGUAUUAUCCCGGAAGUGCUCAUCCAUCCCUGUUUGUUGUUGAAGGAGAUGAGAUGACUGUUUUGGAAAUGCUGGCUAACUUUAAGCAGUUAAAAUUAGGUCUGAUGAGUCACUCCCAUCGUGCUGACUAAUUCAAAGUUUUUAUGAGCUAAUCACAUUUAAUGAAAAGAAAACCAGCAGACUGAUUGCUUUUUCCUCUCCUCUCCUCUCCUCUCCUCUCCUCUCCUCUCC